CGGCUCUGUUUCUGGACUAAAGGGUUUGAACAUGUCGAGCCUGAAGGGAGUGGCGGAGCGAGAUACCCGAGUGGGUUUCAGAGCUGAGAGGGGAGACUUCGGUGCUUCAGUACCGCAGGGGCUGUUAAAGGCAGCGAGGAAGAGCGGCCAGUUAAACCUGUCGGGUCGGAAUCUCAGUGAAGUACCUCAAUGUGUCUGGAGAAUAAAUGUGGAUAUUCCUGAGGAAGCUAAUCAGAAUCUUUCAUUCAGUGCUACUGAGCGAUGGUGGGAGCAGACGGAUUUGACCAAACUAAUCAUAUCCAACAAUAAACUUAAGUCACUGACAGAUGACCUACGACUCCUGCCUGCACUCACUGUUCUUGAUAUACAUGAUAAUCAGCUGACAUCCCUUCCUUCUGCUAUAAAAGAGUUAGAAAAUCUUCAGAAACUUAAUGUCAGCCAUAACAAACUGCAAAUACUUCCUGAAGAAAUUACAAAUUUAAGAAACCUGAAAGGUCUAUAUCUCCAGCAUAAUGAACUAACUUGCAUUCCAGAGGGAUUUGAACUUUUCAAUUUAGAAGAUUUGGAUAUUUCCAACAAUCGUCUUACAACUGUUCCUGCUAGUUUUUCUUCUCUCUCCAGUCUGGUGCGGCUCAAUCUUUCCAGUAAUCAACUGAAGAGUUUGCCAGCAGAAAUAAGUGGAAUGAAAAGAUUAAAGCAUUUGGAUUGUAAUUCAAAUCUCUUGGAAGCUGUACCCCCUGAAUUGGCUAACAUGGAGUCACUAGAAUUGCUUUAUUUGAGGAGGAAUAAAUUACGUUUUCUACCAGAAUUUCCUUCUUGUAGAUUAUUAAAGGAAUUACAUGUAGGUGAAAACCAGAUUGAAAUAUUAGGGCCAGAACAUCUUAAGCAUCUGAAUUCUAUCCUUGUGCUAGACCUGCGGGAUAAUAAGUUAAAAUCUGUUCCAGAUGAAAUUACACUACUACAGUCUUUGGAAAGGCUUGACCUAAGCAACAAUGAUAUUAGUAGUCUACCCUGUUCAUUGGGAAAACUUCAUUUGAAAUUUCUGGCACUAGAAGGAAAUCCUUUGAGAACUAUACGAAGAGAAAUUAUAAAUAAAGGAACCCAAGAAGUCUUAAAAUAUCUGCGAAGCAAGAUUAAAGAUGAUGGACCUAGCCAAAGUGAUUCUGUUGAGACUGCCAUGACACUACCAAGUGAAUCCAGAGUCAAUGUACACGCUAUCAUCACAUUAAAAAUAUUAGACUAUAGUGAUAAACAAACAACUUUAAUUCCUGAUGAAGUAUUUGAUGCAGUAAAAAGCAACAUUAUCACUUCUGUUAACUUCAGUAAGAAUCAGCUAUGUGAAAUUCCUAAAAGGAUUGUGGAACUGAAAGAAAUGGUUUCUGAUGUCAAUCUCAGUUUUAAUAAGCUUUCCUUUAUAUCCUUGGAAUUAUGUAUGCUUCAAAAAUUGACAUUUUUAGAUCUCAGGAACAAUUUUUUAAAUUCUUUGCCUGAAGAAAUGGAAUCGCUGAUAAGACUACAAACAAUUAAUCUCUCCUUUAACAGGUUCAGAAUACUACCUGAAGUUCUGUAUCACAUCCCCACACUUGAAACAAUUUUAAUUAGUAACAAUCAGGUUGGAUCUGUGGAUCCUCAGAAAAUGAAGGCAAUGGAAAAUCUGAUCACCUUGGACCUUCAAAAUAAUGACCUCCUACAAAUUCCGCCAGAGCUUGGUAAUUGUGUGAACUUAAGAACACUACUACUAGAUGGAAAUCCAUUCCGUGUUCCUCGAGCAGCCAUAUUAAUGAAAGGAACAGCUGCUGUUCUGGAAUAUUUGAGAGACCGGAUUCCUACUUAAAUUGGAGUUGUUUUAUAAUCUUGGUCAUGUUAAUUCUUAGACUUCUUACAUUGAUAAGUAACGUUUUUCUAAGGUAUUGUUCAUUUGUAAUGGUGAUAACCACAUACAGUGUUCAUGCAUUUAUUCUGAAUGUUUUGCAUAAGAUUUAUCCUACUUUCAUUCCUUAUAAGAUAGUAAACAAUUUCUUCAAAGGUGAUUUUUUAUUUAAGUUAGUUUGAUAUUUUUAUAAUGAGAAAGCAUUUUUGUAGAAGUGGGAUUUUCCCCAACAUUUCUGUUCAUGUUACAUUUAAUGUGACUAGUUGAUUUGAAUAUGACCAUCUAAUUUCUACCUUUUUUGUUAGAUAUAAAAUUGAAUUGAAUUUUAUUCAAAACUGUUCUUUGGCAUUUAAAAAAAUAAGGCUUUUCCUUACCCGUGAUAAGACUUUUGUGAUGUGGUUGGUCUUGGUAUAAGUUUUAAAUUAACAUUCACUGUCUUGCUUUUGUUUUAAUCUAGUUGAAAUGUUUCUUGUCUAGCCUUUUCCCUACAUUUUAUGAAACCAUUUUGUCAUAAUAUCUAAUGUAACAGGAAUGUUACACGAGAUGUAGUUAUUGGCAGAGAAAACAGUAAAAGCGUUGUUUAAGUUGCUCUCACAAUUUUGAAUUUAAAACUUGACAAGUUUUUUUAAAAUGAUUUCUUACUAUUAAGUUUCCAUACAGUAACCUAGUACUUCUAGAUUCAAGAAAUUUGAAGGGAUUCGAUCUGCAUAUUUUUCCCUCAGUGUGUUUACAAAUACUUUUUGUUCUUCUUUAAAAAGUAUUGAAGAGCUUAUUUUAAUUCUAUAGAUGUCAGCAACAGAAAAUAACUAAUAACAUAUACCACAUAAAGUCUUCGAAAUUUCUGAAGUAAUUUACUAAGCAGAUAUUUGUAUACAUUAUCUACUCUGUUGGUGUGUUCUAAUCCAACCUUGUGCAUUUAUUUUUUUUAUUUCCAGGGCCUUACUUCUCAAAUUUAUUUCUGAUCUUCAUAAGACUAAACUUGUAGUCAUGUGGAAAUUUUCUAAAAGGGAAUUUGUUACAGGUUAACUUGAUUUAGUAAAAAUAAAGUAGAAAUAUUUUUAUUUGUACCAAAAAUAUCAGAGGUAGGCUGAUCAGUCAUAAUAAAACUUACCAUUUGAUUCUCUUAAGUAGCCAAUCAACAGAAUGUAUAUUAACUUAUAUAGAUAGGCAGGUAGGUAGCUAGCUAGCUUUUGGGUGAUUGAGGCAUGCUCAUAUUAUGAAAAAACUCAUUGCUAAUAAAGAUAAAUACUACAUGUUCAUAAUAAAAGUUACAUUUUCAAAUAUGGAUUAUAAUAGUUGUUUUUGGCUUAAAAAAACAUGCCCUUUUCAUACUACAACUCUGUGGCUAAGAAAUCUGCUUCGAUAUUAGACAAAAGACACUUUACAAUAAUGUGACAUUUUAUUAUUUAUACAAUAAAGAGACUUUUAUGUUAUUCAAAACACGUUUUUAAAUACUGAAAAAAUUGAGUACACCAAAGCCGAAAAAUGGCUCUGCUAUACACUGCACAGCAUUAUUUUAGUCCCUGUAUUUUGUAUCUGUACAGAAAGCAUCUUCAGAAUGCAUUCUAAUCACAUUGUACACCUUUACCAAUUAGUGUCAAUACAUAAAAUAAACUGGAGAGUACAGCUUGCAUUUGCAAAUUAACUGACAAAGUAAUUAAUUUCACUGAUUCAGUAAGUUUAAAAUAUAGAUUCAUAGGACUCCUUUGCACAUAAAAUGAAGCAGCUUUCAAAGUCAUUAUGGUCUCAUACUGCAAAAAAACCAUUAAGUACAUUCACAAUCUAUGUUAAUAAAGUAGUAAAUAUGUCUUCAUUCAGUUUUUAUUUACAUCAAUAUGUAGUUCAACUAAAAAGUACUGUUAAUUGUGAUACAUAUUUUUAGCACAUACAAAAAUGACAACUUUAUAUAUAAUUGAAGCUCAAAAUCACAAUUAUCUCAAAAUAUUAAUUACAAUACAGCCAUUUCAAUUAAACAUGUCAUGAUUUAACUUUUUUUUUAUAAAAUGGUAAAAUUUUUUACUAAAGUAAGCAAUUUAUUUUGAAUUGACUAGAGUUCAUCGAUGUAGAAAACCUUAAAUGUUAAGAGGUGUUUCUUGCCCCCUCCCACCCGAAUUUGUAUACAGCCACCUAGGCUAGCAAAGAGACAGAAAAGGCCCCAAUUUAUAAAGAUUAAGCCUCUUUUGCUAUACUGCUGUGGCUUGUUGUUUCUUCCAUAAAAGCUUUACAAGGGGAGUGUCAAUAAACUAUGCAAUGAAAUGCAUGCAUUAAUAUACAAUAUGUCUUUGUAAAAUGUUAGUGUUUACCAGUGCACAUAAAAAUGUUCACAAAGACUGCAAAAGAAGUCAUAAAGUAGCAUUUAGAAAGAUCUACCAGUUGCAAACGGAACUUGAAAACUACUUGAUAACAGGAUGAAAUUUCUUUGAGAACAGAUCCAAUUCAAAUUCUUUCUCUGGCUAAAUGAGUUCUAGUUACUUGGCCUUAAGAUGUCACUGUUGUGCUGCACAUAUGGUAGUGAAGUCAGAUGUUGAAAAAGAAUGAGUCUAGAGACUGUCUUCAUCUUAUUAAAAUAGUGGCCCAGUCAGUGUUGCAUCACUGCAUAGGAAUUUUUCUUAAAGAAGAGUGAAAUAUUUCACUAACUGAAUUAUAUGAUCUCAAAGGAAAAAUGGAUAAUUUGUGUGCACAUAUGUUUAGCAUAUGAAAAAUAUUUAAUAUAAAUAGGUGGAAUUAGAACUUCUUUACACAGUAAUAAAAAGAUUGUGUUGUGUCCCCACCCCCAAUAACUAAGAUCCAAAGUAAUCAAUUGUCAAGCACUUUAGGAAUGAAAGAAUAAUUCUCAUGGAUACUUAAAAUUCUAAAAACCUAGUAUCUAAUAUCCUUUUACUUAUAAUUCUUUACAGACCAAUUAAAAAUUUAUCACUGUCUAUUUAGAAUCGCUGCUGUUAAUAUUUCUUCUCUGAGUAGAAAGAGACCAUAGUUCAUAUUAUAGUUUACUUAUAUACAGCUGGGUAGGGGGGUGCCCUUGGGUGGUUAUAAAGUGGGAAAAAUGAAACUACAGCACUUAAAACCUUACUUUUCCAAGGUUAUUUGAGAUAGUCUUUGAAAUUUACAAACAAUUUAGUAGAUUCACCUCUGAUUUUUAACCAGGAAAAAUUUGCUCCUUUAUAUGAAGACAAUGCCAUUGUCCUUAAGCUUCCUUUAGUCCCUUUUACACACUGAGUCCAAAAAGAAACUUGACUGGCUUUGAGACAAAAAUAUCCAGCUUAUCUGCCUAUCAAUUAUCUUUUUCUCCAUUCCAGAGAACAGUAAGGCUUGCGUUUUCAAGGAGACAAAUGCAGUUGAGGAUGUUAAAGGGAAAUACCUAAACAUCAGAAAGCAGUAUAAAACAUUUAUUGCAUUCCAUUGACACUGGGUGUCAUCAAAGCUAAAACCAAAUUUUCUAGCGUAAAACUUAACAUACAACAUUACUCGCUGCCCUGAACAGAUGCCUUUUCCACAUUCAAGACCAAUAAGAGUCCUCUGAGUGGAAAGACUCUAUAAGUAUUGAAUAUAAAAUUUAUUUUGGCAUUACAUUCUGAAAAUAAAUCACCAUUCUAACAAAUAUGGGAACUGCUUCAUGUUCUGCCUGAGACUUGCAACUUGGUUUCCUGUGGACUUUCCAAAAAAUUACAUAAGAUUUCCUGACGUUCUUUAGUAGAGUGCUGGGAAGGGGAAGAGAGAUGGAAAGAUACAAAGAAAUAUCAUGUGAUUUCUUUUGUCCAUUCAUCAGAUGCUUUCCUUAAUCUAGCUACCAUAGAAGUCAGUUGACCUGCAUACCUGGGCAUUAUUUAAUCUCAUUAUUUUACCUGUGUAAAACAAGUGUGCAAAGAAAAACACCUAUAUAUGUGUGUCUAUACAGAGACACAAAACCUGAGUCACAAUAAAGUUUUGAAUAUAAGAAAACUUUUCUUAAUGUAGGAAAAUAAUUUUUAAAGGGCCAAAAAUACCUUUGUACAAUAUAAUCAGCCGACUUUAAAACUUCAGUGUGCUUAAGUAUCACAUAUUUUUAUAAAACCCAACGAAGAAAGGAAUCAUUUACAUUUGAUAAUUUUCUUAACUAGAGAUACCCACAUUUCUAUUUCCAACAUCUAUUUUCAUUCCCCUGAAUUCAUUAACUUUUCAAAAAACCUAAAUAAAAAGCACAUUCAGCAUGGGGACUGUAUAAUUUCUGAUGAACAGUUCCUGAUUUUUUUGUGAGUACUGAGGACAUAGGAGAUUUGGGGUUGCUAGGCAUAUAACUUACUGCCAAGCCACAGUGGAAUUCUAGAAUUCAAAAUAAAACAUACAAUCUGUUAUUAAGGGAAAGAUUACUUGGAAAAAUGUUUUGUAGAUGGAGUUGGGCCAAAGUUUGCAGAAAGCUAUUCUCUCCUAUGCAGGCUCCCAUUCUGCCGUUGACUCAAAAACUCCUUUUUUCUCUAUGCUCCAUUUCCUUAGCUUUUGGUAGGUUUCUUACCUUUUACUUACUUGAACCCUGAAUUGUCCCAACUGUAGCUCCCUUGCUCACAUUUGGCCACCAGUUACAAGGUUUUUUGCUUCUCUACAUCUUUGUUAACUCUUCCUCUUCCUCAGGAGCUCAUUCAGGACCUACUUAUUCCCUGGGCUGUAUACAUCUCAGAUGUAUAUUGAGGAUAUUUUAUAGAAAAAUGAGUGCAAGUUGCUUCUCCCAUGUUGCCUCCAAAUGUCCAUUGCCAUUAGUUAACACAUUUCUGUCCGGUAAGUCACUCACAGAAGAGGAAGCCGUCUGAACAAAAAAGGUUCAGUCCUGGCAUCUGUAGUUGGAUAGGAGGGCACUUCGAAUACUUGGAUCAAAAGAUGAAGGGAUUCUGGGCAGUGGGCCUGGUUGGGGAAUAGGGUGGGAAAGAACAGGUGGUGGGGUAGAGGAUUAGAGGCAUUAGCCUAGGGAACUGUAGUCUCUCCCUGCCUUUUUAUAUGACACUUGCCUGAGAAUCACUAGAAGGAUUUUGUAUUGUGCAGAGGGCUAAAAGCAGAGUCACACUUUCUCUGCCAAUAGACUUGUUACCAUGGGAACCAAUGCAGAAAAAUGAAAAUAUGACAAGAAGCUGAGGAUUAAACGUAGAGAAAAUUGACAGGGAGUUGGUUUCUACAAUGGAAAUUUGAGCAUCAGAGAUUUAAAGAAACAGGAUGUUGCUUGUGUGGUCAGACCAAUGAAAAUGGACAAAAUGACUUGUUGGUAGCUGGUCCUGGAGGCUGAGAUGUGGGGAAUGUGGGGAGAAAGCAGUAAGCAUGUUGUAGUUUGGGUAAGGGGAGCGUGGCAAAAUCCAGUCCCAUCCCUGGUGAGGUUAAAUUCCUCAGCCCAAAUGUCGAGUUAACCAUAUGAUCAAAGCUGCCCUUUGAAAGGCAGACUGCUGUAACAAUCCUCUUGUCACCCUUCCAAAGCCAGGACAUUCUACCUGACAAAAGUAUUGCACACCUAAUAUAUUAUUGCUUGACACGUUUUCCCGAACAUUUAAAAAAAAAAAAAUCACCACAACUUUAAAUUUGUGGUUCCCCUCUCCCAACAAGCAGCUACUAUAAGUAACCUAGAAUUUAAAUUCGCUUUUCAUUAAGGAAGUAAUUAUUUCACUUCCCCUGAUACAAGUCCUCUCUGUGUAUACUCCUCUGUCAUUCUGGAGUUGAUCAUAAACUGAUUAAACCAGACUAGGAUUCCGAGGCAAUCUGUAACAAAGACUUGGAAGUUUCAGCAAGGACUUGAAAAUUCAGCCUAAUCUGAGAAAGGCAGACCGACACAUCGUACUUUCAGAGGCUCUAGGGCAACUGCACCAUCCCGUCCUCAAGCUUCCCAAAAGGCUAUUUUCUGAAAUCCUGUGAUUAAGCCUUAUUCCUGUGACUUAAGCCUUUGGCCUAUAUUUAAAUGCAAUUGUCCUGAGAGGAGGGAAAGUCACACUGUAGAUGAUUUGAUCCUUCCUGGAGAGCUAGUUUUCAAGUAGCAGUCACACCCUUCCCCGACCCACCCUCCCAACACACACACACAACCUAGAAACAACACCAGCCAGGAAGUAGGAGACAAACCAUUAUUGGAUAUCUGUCUUUAGGGUACAUCUAACCGCAAGUGGUCUGGGUAAAAAUAAGCUCUUCCUUCAGUGCUAAGUACACUGGACAUAGAUUUCACUAGCCAUGUUUAUUGCUUUCUCACUGAUGAUUUGCUGUUCUAUUUGUUUUGAGUUUCCUACUGAAGCCUUUGAUAAUCCCAAUGGGUUCUUGAAAUGCCAAAGCCCGUUAAUUUCUGUUUUCCCAAGAAUGCUUGGAGAAUUCUGAAAUCCAAUAAAAGUUUCCUCCACUUUGCAGAGUUUGGAGGCAAACUUGAUAAACAGAGAUUUGAGUACAGUGGUCUUGCUUAUGCUAAAAUAAUCUCUUUGAUGAAUAUUCCAGUGAAUUUCAGGAUUUGAGACUUGUAUGGUUGACUUGCAGGGAGGAAGCAUUAUAAUAACCUGACCCAGGACUAAUCUUUAAAGCCACAUGAAAGACUGCUUUAUACUAGGGACAGGUAAGCACAUCUCUUUCUGAGGUGAAUAAAGCAUAGUAGGGUCUUCACAAGCAGCUAUGUAUGCCUUUGAAUUUGACAUAUGAUAAAUGAGACACUGCUUCUUUUUAUUUCUGAUAUGGUCUCUAAAAUCAGGUAGCAGAUGCCUGGAGGAAGACUGAUUGGUGUGGAUUAAACUAAAGAAUGAUUAGCUUUUUCAUGACUUUGUACUGGUCUCACGGGUAUAACCUGGACAAACUUGAGUUCCUCCAGACUGGGAGGCCCCCUGACACAAUUUUGCUUAAUAGUUUUACUACAUCCAUUUAUUCUUCAGACAAGAACUUAGAACUGUUCUAACACAUGUCAUGAUGUAUUGAGAAUUAUUUAAAUUUGAUUGCUUCAAUUUUCUUAGCCAGUUUGGUUUCUCCUCUCAGUUUUCUUUGCGUUUGUGUGAUUUCCCUGCUAUAUCAUGUACACUAAGGAGUUAGAGACAUAACUUUCACAGAGUUUUCUCUAGUUUAGCAGAUAGUUCAGCAUAUAGUUCACAAAAGAACCAAUCUUGGCGCUAUUAGGACAUUUAUUGCUUUCAACUCUCACAAGAAUUUGGAAAUACAAAAGCUGACUUAUGAGUGGAAUGAUGAUAUCUGCAUAAUAGGAAUGUGAUAAGUCUAGAGUUCAGCAUGUUGAUUGUAGUUAAUACAAUUGUAUUAAAUCCUGGAGAUUUCACUAAAAGGGUAGAUUUCAGGUAGAUUUCACCACACAUGCACACACAUUCACACAAAAGGUAACUAUGUGAGGGGAUGAGUUAAUUAACUUGACUGUAGUAAUAAUUUCACUAAUGUAUUUGUAUACUGAAUCCUCAUGUUGAACACCUUAAGUAUAUACAAUUUUUAUUAAAAACAAAAAACUAAAAAAACAAGGGCAUCACACCCCAAAGCUGUUAAAUAAACUGUUCCGUGUAAUAGUGCAAAAAAAAAAAAAAAAAAGAUGGCUUUUUCAUGUUGGCCACGGAAUAUAUGUAGAUACUGGGCUUUUAGCAAGAGUUUUCAAACUUCAUGUCUAGCAGUAUGCCCAAAGUGGUACUUGAGGGUCAGGAGCCCACUGGUUAAGUAUUGAAGAAGCACAAUCUCAUUUUCAACUGUAAGCAUGCUUCACAAUCCAUUGCAAAUUGUUUUAAUAAACUUACAUUUUCUAAUUUGAUGCACAGAGACACUAAGUAACUCCAAGGGAAAAACCACCACUUCAUCUCCAGAUGGCAGCUAAUUUUCCAGACCAUGGUUGAACUCAUAUACUUUUGGAACCCACCUUUAUUAUAUAGUUGCUGUUUCACCUCUAGUCUAAUUCUAACCUGAGUUAAAACAACAACAACAACAACAACAACAACAAAAACAGACUUAAUUUUAACCUCAAAGAACAAACAAAAAGCUGGGAUUUUGUUCAAUGUAAAACCGUAUCUGCUAUUUCUCUUACAAGUGUCAUCCCUGACGAGAUUUUUCCCUCAGAAUAAUUUACGGGAAUUUAGAUGACUUCUGCUUCCUAGUGCUUAGAGGUGUUGCCCUGUGGAAUUGCAGACACUGAAGGACCUUAGAGAAGGAUCUGGGGAUAGGCCCCCUGGACACCUCAGCUAUCUCUCUGGACAGCUUGCAUGAGACUCAGUCUGUAUCAGCAUACUUCCAGGCACUCUUUGGUGUUUCACUUCCUACAAAAUUUUAUUAUAGGUGCUGUUCAAAUUGCUUUUCUUACUGAACUCUAAUGGGUCCUGUUCUGUUCAUAAACACAAAGCAUCCCUCUAAUAGUGGGGUGUUUGCUAACAGUAAAAGUGUGAUCUUUUCCUUGUCUGUAAGUGCAUACGUAUUUAGAAUAUGCAAGUCCACCAGAAUUAUGUGCAUUUUUCUUGCAUUUAAAAUACAAAUGAAUUAUUUUAAAGCAAAGUUUCAAGAGACACCAAAGGUUCACUGUUGUAUUCUCUCCUCUCAUCAGAUUGAUCUCUUCAAGCACAAUAGGGCUUUGUCACUAAGCUCCAGUGCUCUCCUGCCAGGAAGGAGGAACUGCCCUUCAGCCCCUCUGACUUUGGCCCGUAUAAGGGAAAGUCCCUUGGAAGGACAAAGCCAGGUGAAAGUGGAAAGUCAGAACUCAGCUAGCCUAGUGACUGUUCCUCCCUGAUAUGGCACAGUCCAGAUGAGGACUACAAUUAUUUCUAUUCCCAUUGUCACCUGAGACAUUGUCCUUUUUGGAAAAGAACAUAUAUGAGGGACAGGAGCCUGCCUUCCUAAGGGAAUAGAAAACUUUUCCUCACCCACAUUAUAAAAACAAUAAAGCUUGAGGGGUGCUUGGGUGGCUCAAUUGGUUAAGCAUCCAACUCUUGAUUUCGGCUCAGGUCAUGGUCUCAGGGUCCUGGGA